UGCACAUUAAGCAAAACGGGAGCUUGGAAACAAUGUCUUGGCAUCUUUCCGCAGCUGUGCUCAUCUAAUUAUUCUCUCACGUUUAAUUUUUAUAGAUGUUUUCCUUGAGCCUACGACACAGGCACACGGGAAAGAAAAGGUGUGCACAGGGAUGGAAAGUGCUCCUGAAGCGCCUUGUCCUCCCCACCGUGUCCCCAGCCCCUCUCCCGCUGCUCCUCCUCGCGCGUCCCGGUGGAGACUGUCUACACGCAGAGGCAUGGGCUGGAUCCCCAGCCUCUUUUCUUUGCACAUCCGGGGCGGCACAAGCUGCACCCGCUGCUCCGCCCUCUCCCGCCCUCCCCGAGGCCCGCACCUCGGACGACCCCGCCUCGUCACCGCACAGCGGCCUCCCGGCCCCUGCCCCUUGCGUGCUAUUCUGUUGCGUCGACGGGCCACGGGCUAUUUGGCGCCCUGGGGAUGGGUGUGGAGAUGUCCACGCACAUCCCUACGUUCUCUGCCCUCAGCUUGAUGAAGUUUUCCGUGUGUGUCCACCAUGGAAGCUUCUCCCGGACCCCAGAGGACCCUCACGCCCGUUCCCAGGCAGGGACCCCUCCCCAGGCCAGAAAGACCGAGUCCCCCUGGCGUCCCUCUCGUCUUGUGUCCUGCACUCUGCCAACCGCACUGAGCCUCAGGCCAGAAGCUGCGAAGACAAGAACUUGCUCUGCCCAGCCCCCUCCUCCCCUGAAGAUCCGCUUCUGUUCACUGUCCAGAACCUCCAGGUGUUUGCUUUCGACAUCACGCUCAGGUUUUAUCAUCGUGCUCGGGAAGGGAAUCAUUCGGUCGUUACCAGACGUGGAGAGCCUCUGCUUGCCUCCCAGGGCCCUUCGAGUGUCCUUUUAUCUCCUAGCUGGUUCUUGGCGGGAGAAGGGGAAGAGAGGAGAACUUUUUCAGCACUGGGUUCCAGCUGGUUCUCUUACUCACUAGCUACGUGUCCUUGGGCAGGUGGCCCCCCUCAGCUUAGUUUUCCCAUCUUCGGAGCCUGGUGCCGUGGGACUACUGCAUGAAAGGGGAAAGGCGUGCAUUUCCACAGUGCUGGGUCCGAGCUUGGUCCCAUCACUGUCUUCCCAAGCAUCUCUGGUGCCCCUGGAAGAAGAAGUCCAAGCUGGUGCUGGCCAGUGUUUCAGCCCCAUUAAUUCCUCCAAGCAGUUGGCUCUGGGAAAGGCCUCUUCUUAUUUCCUGCCAGGAAAACGAAACUUUAAAAACCGAUGCAGGGCUGUGUUAUUCAGAAUCCUCGCACUUGACGUCCCCAAACCAGUUCUGCUCAGUAGGCUCCGCUUCGAAGCCACUGCCAGGGAAAACACGACGCAGGGAGAAGCUGUGCGGCCCAUGCAAGGCGCUGCAGAAUCGGGCCCUGGCCCCGGGCGGGCUCCCACAGCGCUGCUGUCCUGCUUCUGAGACUGGCUGGUUUGUUUCCCGGACACUUGUUUACUGAGCGUCCACUGUGCCCGUCGCUGCGCUGGGUGCCGGGGCCACAGCAGCAAACAAGGCACACAGGUCCUGCCUUCACAGAGGGGCCGUCUGGCCGGAGGCCUGGAUGUGAGCCUCGCCAUCGCACCCGGGGGUAAAGCCGCAGAUGUCCUAGGGUGUGGAGCGGGGGGGCAUGGUGUUGUGUGUGCAUAAGGCAGGGACUUGAUUUGCUCAAGGAGGCUGGUGGGAGGCCCCGGGGAAGUGACAUUUCAGCUGAGGUCUGGAGGAUGAGUGGAAUUUAACAAGGGUGAGGCCCAGGCCCUGUGGUGGGUGGGGCAUGGUAAGUUCCCGAACAGACAUGGGGUGGGGUGGGAGAACACCGUGGGGAGAUGGGCAAGGAAGGUGACGUUACAGAGGUGUGCCAUCGAGUUGCCCGAGUUAGCAAAUAAAAAUACAGGAUGCGUGGUUCAAUUUGAAUUUUAGGUGAGCGCCGAAUAAAUUUUGUGGCAUAAGUAUAUCCCAAAUGCUGUAUCGGAUAGACUUAUACUAAAAAAAAAUUUUUUUUUGAUUUGUUGUUUAUCUGAGAUUCCAGUCGAACUGGGUAUCUUGAAUUUUCUCUGGCAAAUUUAUGUGCAAGGCCUUGCAGAUCAGGCAGGGAACUCGUUCCCGAACCAUGAACAAAGGGAGGAUGUAAGCCAGGAGCGGCACGAGUUAGCCAGCGUCUUGAGCCAGUCAGCUGGCAGCUGAGGGAGAACGGACGGGGAGUGGGCGAGGGGCAGGGAGUGCAGGAGGGGGCCGCACCCGCGCCCAGGUGAGACCCUCCCUGGCGGCCGAGCCUCACGGAGGAGCAGCCAGGUGCCACGUUCUAGGACUGUCUGUAGGCCAAUUCUGCCCCAGGGACAGGAAAAUACUGCCCUGUAUUCGCUUUUCCCCACCAGCUGUUUGGAAGGCAAGCCGUGCUGCGUGAGGUGGUUAUUACUCACCGCGUGUCGGGACGUAGCGAUGACAAAGCAGCGGGGCCAGGACCCUUGCUUUAUGUCCCCAAGAGCCAUCACCCUGCACGGCGCGUCUCCCCACCCCCAAAAGGGCUCUGCUCGGCCCAGACAAACAUCUUACGCUCUAUUUGUUUUUGUGAUUCAAAAAUGAGUCACCCACUCCCGGCAAGAGUGUGCUGAGGGCUGCUGCCCAGGCGGUGGCUCUCCCUGAGGCCGCGGGUUCAGAGUCCGCCUUCUGCCGGCGCGUCAGUUCAUUCGGGCGCGAGAGACCCAAAAGCCUCCGGGCCAGACAGUCCUGUGUGUGAAUCCUGACUUGUGGCAUCUAAUUACUUCAUCUGAGACUCAGUUUCCUCGUUUAUAAAGCGAGGUUGAGGAGAGGCCUCCUUCAGGAGGCCGUUGGAGGAUUAAGUGGGAGAGGCUGGGGAUAUAGCAGGUGCUCUGGGAAUGUCACUUGACCCUUUCCAGCUCUGCUGGCCAGACUGCACCUCACCUCUGGGCCUGGGGUGGCACGCAGAGAGGGGAUUGGGUUCAUUAGAAGAAACCACAGCCCAGAGGGAGGGCGGCACUGGGACGAGAGGGGCACUCUCAUGGUCCAUGGCCCGCGUGCUGACAUUGGGAUUCCCCUCCCUGAACCCGACCCUUAUCCUCUGUCCUCUGGGACUCGAAUCACCUGCUCACCUAGAUCACAGGUCCCAGGCUCCCCAGCCUGCGGGCGGAUGUUAUUCUUCUGCUUCUCUCCCUUCCCCACCAGGGGCAGUCCGGAGUGGACACACGUUUGCAAAUACCUUCCAGAAUGAGGCCCAGUUCACCCUGACAGGCCCAGCAUGGGCACCUGGGGGCAAGGCAGGUGGCAGCAGUUACGACCCCCACGACCUGACCUACUCCGUGUCACAUACCCACCUAAGUUCCCGCAGGUACCGGGGUCCAUCUCUCCUGGGUUCCUUCCUUCAGCCAGUGGUCUGAUCUCACACAUGGUUUUGUUACUGUGGUUUGCACUUGACCUUCUUUCUGGUCUACGGCUGGGCCAGGCUGAGGCAGGACUGUAAGGAGGCCCUCCAGUCCUGGUGGGAGGCAGGCCGCCUCUCGCUCCACUUUCGCGAGGAGACAAUCCUCACCGAUCUCUCUCCUUCCACACAAAAGGGCUGCACUUCUUAAAUUUUUUUUAAUGCUUAUUUAUUUUUGAGAAAGGCAGAGACAGACUGUGAGCGGGGGAGGGGCAGAGAGAGAGGGAGACGCGGAAUCGGAAACAGGCUCCAGGCUCCGAGCCGUCAGCCCAGGGCCCGACGCGGGGCUCGAACUCACGGACCGCGAGAUCGUGACCCGAGCCGGAGUCGGAGGCUCCACCGACUGAGCCCCCCAGGCGCCCCAGGGGUGCCCUUCUUAAGUGUGAGGAGAGUUGCAUGGAAUUUAUGGAUUAUCUGGGGAGAAUCAAAUUCCCUACCAUACAAGGAUGUCCUGUCUCAGAGCGUG